UCCAUAAUAACUUGUUCGCUGGGUGUCGAUUAUGUCCGUUGAAUUAUUUUCAAAGCUAAAUCAACUUUACGUCGAGGUAUUUAAUGCAUUGUCCAUUACCAACUCGAAUCAGUUGCAUUCGAUCGUUCGGGUAAUUUGUCAGAAAAUAAAGGGAAAAUAAAAUGAAUUUUCUGUUCGUCGUCGUUGCCAUAAUUCUAGCUUGUUUAACGAUCACCUGCAGUGGUCAAUUCAAAAUUCUCGGCUUAUUGGAUACGAAAAGUGAAUUGAACAACGGAAACGUGGAGAAUAUUCGAUCGUUGAUCGAUGAUGUCGGUGAACCGCUUUCCGUUAAAGUCAGUGAUUUGGAAACGAUAAAAGAUUCGGAAAGUGUUGAUGGUGUUGAUAGUGCCAAGGGAAAUGUGAAUUUUAUCAAACCGUUUGAACCGUCUGUUACGGAGCGGAAAAGUGAAAUUGUUGAGUCGACCAGUGUUGCUGCGAGUACCACCAGUAGCAUUAAAACAAAAGAAAUGUUAGCUGCGGACGAAACAAAUGGUGGAAAUGUUUUCGAUGAGGACGUUGACGAUGAGCUUAGCUCAAGUGAUAUUGUAGCAUCCAUUCAGCAAUCGAGUACCGCACGUUCGACCACAACCAUCGCAGCAAAGAAUUAUCGAAAAACCAUCCGACCAAACAUUCGCAAAUUCUCCUACAUAGAGGCACGAAGUUUCCAUCAUCCAGACUCACCGAACCACGUCACGCCACGGAACGAUUACAAGUACGUCAAGGUGGUGAAAUAUCGCAACAAAUACAAGUCAAAGUGUCGUUGUGAACGGAUCUGGAAUUGUCCCAAGAUUCAAAUUUCGAUUCAACGCUGUGAACCGGACUAUUUUAUGUGUUGCUUCUGAAUCGUAGUAUAAUAAAGAAAAUGAAAAGGAAAA